AUGGCGAUCCACUCCGGUGCGCCAUGCACCAAGAGGGCGAAGCUCGCGCCACCGGCAACGCCAUCCUCUGGUGGCUUGGCGGUAGCGGCUGGAAGCGGCGAGGACCACAUCAGCGACCUCCCGGACGCCAUCCUCGGUGAGGUCAUCUCCCGUCUCUCCACUAGGGAGGGCAUCCGCUCUCGGAUUCUCGCACGUCGUUGGCAUCCUGUUUGGCCGACCGCUCCUCUGAAUCUUGACUGCCGUGAGAUCCCUGUCGCUCGUCUUUUUAACGCCCUAGAAACAGUUCAUGUCGAGAUCAUCAGUAGGUUCUCUGCCUACAGCGAGGAGCUUGCUCGUAUACGAUACAUCGGAACUUGGCAUCAGGGAAAAACAGCUCCUGGUGAUGGUUCUUGCCUUCCAGAGUCCAUCCUCUCCAACCAUGUGGGCGCAGUUCUCCGCCUUUGUAUACCGGCGUGCUACCUCCAAUGCAGACCCUCUACUGUCCACGCCUGGCUUGAGUCCCCCAGAUUGAACAAUCUCCACGUGCUUGAGUUUUACUACCUGUUUCCACGAUUUGUGAAAGAAACUGUCAAACUAUCGCACACAUGCUCUUCAUCUACGCCCUCACUACCGAAGUCCGUCUUUCGGUUUUCCUGUUCUCUGCGCACUGUGAGCUUCGCGUGUUGCCAGAUACCAGACCAUUAUGUAGAGGUACUUGAACUACCACUGGUCAAGAGACUUUCGCUUGUUGAGGUUGAUAUAUCAGACUUCUCGUUGCAAAGCAUGAUCAACUCUAGUUGCCCUGCACUCGAGUGCCUGCUGCUUGUUUGCGAUAGAGAAAGGCAUCGGAUCACAAUAAAUUCCCCUAACCUUGUAAGCAUCGGCAUCCGUGGUGAGAUAGGAAAAUUCAUCAUCGAGGAUGUCCCCUGA